UUCCAAGUUUGGAGCUUUUAGCUGCCAGCCCUGGCCCAUCAUGUAGCUGCAGCACAGCCUUCCCUAACGUUGCAACUGGGGGAAAAAUCACUUUCCAGUCUGUUUUGCAAGGUGUGCAUUUCCAUCUUGAUUCCCUGAAAGUCCAUCUGCUGCAUCGGUCAAGAGAAACUCCACUUGCAUGAAGAUUGCACGCCUGCAGCUUGCAUCUUUGUUGCAAAACUAGCUACAGAAGAGAAGCAAGGCAAAGUCUUUUGUGCUCCCCUCCCCCAUCAAAGGAAAGGGGAAAAUGUCUCAGUCGAAAGGCAGGAAGCGAAACCCUGGCCUUAAAAUUCCAAAAGAAGCAUUUGAACAACCUCAGCCCAGUUCCACGCCACCUCGAGACUUGGACUCUAAAGCUUGCAUUUCUAUUGGAAAUCAGAACUUUGAGGUGAAGGCAGAUGACCUGGAGCCCAUAAUGGAGCUGGGGCGGGGUGCGUACGGGGUGGUGGAGAAGAUGCGACAUGUGCCCAGCGGGCAGAUCAUGGCGGUGAAGCGGAUCCGGGCCACAGUAAACAGCCAGGAGCAGAAGAGGCUACUGAUGGAUCUGGAUAUUUCCAUGAGGACAGUGGACUGUCCUUUUACAGUCACCUUUUAUGGUGCACUCUUCCGGGAGGGUGAUGUUUGGAUCUGCAUGGAGCUCAUGGAUACGUCGCUAGAUAAAUUCUACAAACAAGUGAUUGAUAAAGGUCAAACAAUUCCAGAGGACAUCUUAGGGAAAAUAGCAGUUUCUAUUGUAAAAGCGUUAGAACACUUACACAGUAAGCUGUCUGUCAUUCAUCGAGACGUCAAACCUUCCAAUGUGCUGAUCAACGCUCUUGGCCAAGUAAAGAUGUGCGAUUUUGGAAUCAGUGGCUACCUUGUAGACUCUGUCGCCAAAACUAUUGACGCAGGAUGUAAACCAUACAUGGCCCCUGAAAGGAUAAACCCAGAGCUCAAUCAGAAGGGAUACAGUGUAAAGUCUGACAUUUGGAGUCUGGGCAUCACAAUGAUCGAGUUGGCUAUCCUUCGGUUUCCCUACGACUCUUGGGGAACUCCCUUCCAGCAGCUCAAACAGGUGGUAGAGGAGCCCUCGCCACAGCUCCCGGCGGACAAAUUCUCGGAAGAGUUUGUUGACUUUACCUCACAGUGCUUGAAGAAGAAUUCCAAAGAACGGCCAACAUAUCCAGAACUUAUGCAACAUCCGUUUUUCACCCUACACGAAUCCAAAGCAACAGACGUGGCAUCUUUUGUAAAACUGAUUCUUGGAGACUAAAGUACCACGGACUCGCUCGGUCGGCCCUCCUGUGGUUUGGUGGGUUUACGGGACGAAGCAGGUUCACUAAAACACCAAUAGAAACUCAUCUUUGAGAUAAUUUAAUCCUGCCUCUCAGAAGGUUUUGUUUUGUUUUGUUUUGUUUUUUCUCCCCAUUUUCUUUCUUUUUAUUUUUUACCCCCUCCCAAGGGGGCUUGGAAUCUCUAGCAUAGAAUGGACUGUCUAGAUGGAUGAAAUAUGGCAAAGGCUUAGGACUUAAAAAGGUGAUUAAAUAUUUAAUGAGGUGUCAUAUGAGUCCUUAAGCUUCUCCGACUUCUCUUGUUCUUUACGAAACGAAUGCAUUGGCCCUGGUCACAAGGUGCUACCCUAGUGAUGAAAUUGUAAGUAGAUCUGUAGUUUGUCCCACUUGUUAUUUUAAUAUUUAUGUUUCAAUGCUUGGUUGCAAAGAUUCCGUUUUAUGCAAGGAAGAGGAUGCAAAAGGCAAGGUUGGGCUGGCAAUAUUUAUAGGGCUUUUAUUUUGUAAGUUCAGUCGUGUCUGUGGUCCAGAAGAAAUUAUUUAAGAGGCAUCUUUAAGAGUAUUAUAACAAUAUCAACAAGGAGUUCUUGUAACCUACCUGUUUCAGCUGUUGUGGCUGCUUGCCACGUCCUUGGAUUUCUGCUCAACUCUGGGUCAUAACCACAGUAUUUCAGGUGAAGUGGCGAGGUAGCCCGGUCAUACCCUUUCUCUAACUUUGGAAAACAUAAAAUCACUUUGAUCGCAUCUCAGAGUCACGGAUUGGGUUCUCUUGGCAUUUGUGGUAUUGACGGAAUGGGAUUCGUGAUGUGGUUUUCUAUCACCUCUCUCUCCUUGUGCGUGUUUGUGUGUGUGUGUGUGUGUAUCUGAUAGAUCUUAAGCUCUGCUAAGUGGCUUCUGUAAACAUCUCUAUUUAGUAAGAAGGAUGUGUGUCAAUUCUGCGAGGAGCCGUCGUUCAAACCACACAGAGAAUCGGUGCCUUCUUCUGCUUCUGCCCCUCCUUAACGAUGUAUACGCCCCAGGGAUUGACUCGGUAGCCAUCCUUCACAAACCUUUUUCUUCUUCUUUUUUUUUUUCUUGUUCGAUAAAGAAGCCUUACUACUAAUGGGAGGGCUACAGUAGAAGACGGUGGAAGUUCUUUGAGAAGGUGAGGAGUUAAUGAGGGGGGGGUGAAUUCGUUCCUUGAAUGGGCUGCCAGGUUUCCACAGCUUGAGGUAAGGCCACAUUCUUCUCCAGCAGCACACAGUAGGUCAUUCUGCGGGAGGAACUUUUUGGCUGGGGCCCUUGUGGGUCCCCGGCAGGUGGACAAUGCAAUGAAAGCCCCUUCUUGUGGCUACAUAGGUCCCCGGGUUCUCUAGUUUCCUUGAGGAGAGGGGAGUGAGGUGAUACAGGGAGAUACAGGGAUCAUAACAGGGAAAAUAAAAAAUAUAGGGAUAAUAACCAGGAAACAUUGCUUUUGGACAUUGGGUUGAUAAAAGGCUUUUCCUGGAAGACAAGGAUGGAGAAUUCACAUUAAAAAAGAAGAAGAGAUCUCACUCUGUUGACAGAUAUGGGGAUUAUUACUCUCUAAAAACCUCCCUUCUUCCCCUUUUAGAUUUUGAAGUGCUGUUACUUAUUUUUCUGUGUCUUCGUUUUCCCCUUUACUUGACCUCUGUCUCGCUAAUAGCUGUUGCCCCGAGUGAGUAUGGUACUUCCAUACUCUUCUUUGUAUCCAGUUCCAAGAUAUACCUGUCUGAUCUAACGUGGUUUCAUCUUCUUGAAAGCUACCUCUGUCCUCAUCUUUUUCCAGACAGAAAUGUUUGUUAUCCUCCUAAUUAAGGCCAUUCACUUUCCCACCCAACUUUCUAAAUCUAGCCAUUUCUCUCUUUGAGAUAAAGAGACACGAAACAAAGCAAAACACAAUUGUAUUCCUUCCUUCCUUCAUCCAUCUUAUGAAAAAAAUCAAGUAGUAGAAAAAAAAAAAAAUUGGAGGUCAUUCCAUGACAGUUUUUGGUGAAAUACAUAAAGGAAAACAACUUUCUGCUCUGAGUCAGAUAACUCUCACCUGCUGUUCAGUGUGGUUUCUGCUUAGAAACAGUCUUAACCAAAUGUGUUUGCCUGUGUGCACCUCUCCAGUGUGCGGGCCUAGGGCCUCAGCUUGCAAAACAAUUACACAGAGGUGGCGGAGGAGUUUAUCAGUGGUUCUCAGCCUUGCGCACACUCAUAUCACUGGGAGCUGGUGGACACGUGCAAUGCCAAGGUUGGGGUUUCGAUGGUCCAGCGUGGGGCCUGAGAAUUGGUCUUUUUCACACUUUCUUUGUGAUUCUGAUGCACAGCACGGUUAAGGAUACUGGUUUAGUACUUCCAAAAGAGAGAACUCACCUACAAUUUCUCUAGAACAUUGGCAGAGAGGAACAAGAGCCUUGGCUUCUUUCUGUGUCCUCAUCAAUGGGGACAUCUUCGCCACUGUCAGAGAUGGCACAUGAUCGGAAUACUGAUUUGAAACUUGGAAUACGUUUUCCCCAUAGAAAUAAUGGGCUCCGCGGUGAUUAGCUGUCUUCUGUGCUAAAGUAGAAUGACUUGAUAGUCUUAUGAGUCUAAAUUAUAGAAUGUGGGUUUUUUUUUUUUUUUUGAGAACUCUUAUAAGUUCUAAACUAAUUUUACAAUAAAGAUGGAGACGCACCAACCAUAUAUAAGUUGAUGUACGUUGGAAUUCUCUUGUACGUACACGCAGGUCCCUGGAUCUCUACCCUGACUCUGCUCAUUGUGCGUCCUUAUUAUUGUUUUUGUCUUUGCUUGCCUCUGUUCGGCUAGCUUUUUAACUGGUGUCCUACCUUCCUUUGUUGUUGAUCACUCCUGCCAUAUUGGAUGUCCUGGUUGGGGACAUGAGAUACUCAUUAGCCUCAGCAUGUGAGGAAGCCAACGCUGAGACUGAAGGGGCUCCUGGUUUCUCCGAGUGCACUUGAUUUAGUGUCUUUGGAAAGUGAUGACAAAGGAGACAGAGCGGGGCUAAUGUUUUCAUAGCUUUUAACACUAAAAAUGCCUCUGUUGACCCACAGCUUUCAUCAGCUCUGCUGAGAGAAACGUUCUCCCAAAGCUGUCUAACGAAACGCUUUAUCUUCACCCCGAAAGUGAACUAGAUGCUUAGUCCCGGACGUCCAGCCCUAAGGCUCUUUUUGCCCACGUGACUGCCUCCAACCUCGAAGGGAGGAUUCAUACAUUCGUAGAAUUCGCUGGAGUUGGUGGUCAGAUCGAGUAAAAUGAAUUAAACCUCUGUUGUGCUGGGGAUUUUGCCUUCUUAUUGUCUGUCUAGGGCUCAGAGGGCGAUUCGCUGGCUUAAAGCAAUCUUCCGUUUUUAUUGAAUUCGCAAGUAAAAGGUGUGGUUUUUUUGGACCCCUGAACUUUUAUAUAUUCAGAUGGAAAAUCACCAGAGUAAAAUCUAGGGCAAAGACACUACCAAACAAACCCUAUUAGAAUAGGGGAAAAAAAAGAAAAAAAUAUAUUUUAUUGUACAAGCUCUGUGUUCCUCUUGUCUAGGGGUGUGUGUGUGUGUGUGUGUGUGUGUGUGUGUGUGUUAGCACUGUUAAAUAUGCUGGUAGCUAAAGAUACUCUUUGGUUUUCUUUGGCUUUAAUUGGGGUACUCUGGAUUUCUUUAGGAAUCUGUUGAAAGCUAGGACCUUUUCCCUAGGAAAAUGCACAGGGUACACGGAACACAUAGUUUUGCAAACAUUUUUUUGUUGAAGGAAGGGGAGUGAAGUCCAGUUUAUAGACCCCGUAGGGUCAAUAACCUUUCUCUGAAGAAUGUGGACUGUGACAUUCUAGGCCAAAACUGGCAAACUUUUUCUGUAAAGGGCCAGGUAGUAAAUAUCUUUGGCUUUGUGUCCCGUCAGCCUGUUACCACAACUUGGGUCUGCUGUUGUAGAUCCGUAAACCAUACAUAAAUGAAUGAGCGUGGCUCUGUGUCCCAGUUCAGCUUGAUUUACAGAAUCAGGUUAUUGGCUGGAUUUGGCCCACAGGCCAUAGGCUGUGGUUUGCCAGCCCCUGUCCUGGACCAUCAACCACAAAGCUUUGAUGAACUCUGUCUAGAGACUUUUUUCCAUUUAGUGAGUAUUGAGCUCAGCUGCUAUUAGGACGUAGAUUAGGACGAUGGACAUAGGAAAUGAAUUCGGGAAGUGGGGGAGACUCUUCAUUUUCUCUCAGGUAAGUAUUCCUUGCCUGGGAAGCCAAGGGGACAGUUUUCCUUAGAUGAGAUUGAGUACCUACUUUUUCUGUUUCUGUAUGAUCACCGACAUAACUUACUUCAACUUGGAAAUAAAAGACAGGCUUCUCCUAGACGUCAAUGACAUUCUUGUUGUCUCUGAGUUUUGCAUUUUGUUUCUCUCUGUGGUGUGAUGCUUGUGCAGGGAGAAUCAUGAACCCAGACACCGAUCAUUUGGUUUUCCUUUUCACCAAACUGCAUUAGGUUGUAAGAAUUUGGGAGGCCAUGGGGCCCUCAGAAGUAGAAGGCAGGUAGAAUUCUUAAAAUCUUCUAAUUCAUCCACCUGGACUCUUGGGUCAUCUUUGAAGAAAGUAAGACAGACAAAGUUUGGGAUCAAAAAACUUGUUUGCAGGUAGGCUCAGAGCUCUGGGCUCUCACUGUGACAGUAGCCUUAGGUCCACCCUUGGGUACUAUCCUAAUUGUUGCUAAGUUUCUAUCUUAAGGGGCCUAGGCAAAAUGCCUCCUUCCUGACGGGAUGCUCUUGGGUUGCCAACCCGGUUGAGUUUCUGGGCCGCCCCGUCUCUAGGGAAAGCUUUGCCUUCCCUAUGGGACCAGAACAACUAUAAUUUACUACACCUUCUGUCAGCACUUGUCCCCUCUUUGCUAUAAGAGCCCUAUACAAAGACCCGUCAGCCACCUAAGCUGCCCAGGUCCGCUUUCUUCUCUCAGAACAGCCCAACACAUCUGACUUGGUCUUGUCGUGUCUUUAUUAUUCAGAAAUGAGUUUUCUUCCUGCUGCAUCAUCAGGCAGACAUGCAUUAUACUUAGAAGGACCCUCGGAACCUCCUGAGGAGCAUAGUUAAGUAUUCGAUCUGGCAAUUUACCUGAAAGAAUGUUUUCUCUUCGCCUAGGGAAACAAAACCUGAAUUCCAGAGCCUUCAAAAUGAAAUUAUCUUUCUGGGGAAAGUACCUUGCCACCAAACGCAUCCCUUACCACCUGUUCCUGGUGUUUGCAAAGAAGAUGAGUCCUUUUGCCGAAGUUGAGAGGGUCACUGUUGACAGCUAUGCAAAUAUAACUGUACCAUUGUGGGUUUUCUAAUGGAGUCAUUAGGAAUUAACACUUAAUGUUGGGGUAUAUCUUUUGGGCUCCUGACCCAAACUCCUUUUUCAAGCAAAAUCUCUAAAAGCCUCUUUGCUGUCUGAGGUGAAGGGGACUGGGUCCUUAAUAGAACACAAAGCAAGGUCAAAGACUUUGUGGUAGAGAUUUUUUUUUUUUUU